CUAGAGCAGAAUGAAAACUCCUCCUACAAGCUUUAUCAAGUGCUCUGCUGGACACUGAUAGAAGUCACAAGACUACUCUAACUGCUACAGAUAUAGUGAAUGCAGGGUCUGGGAAGACAGAUAUAGUGAAUGCAGGGUACGGGGAAACCAGAUAUAGUGAUUGCAGGGUCCGGGGAGACCAGAUAUAGUGAAUGCAGGGUCCGGGGGAGACCAGAUAUAGGAAUGCAGGGUCCGGGGAGACCAGAUAUAGUGAAUGUAGGGUCCGGGGAGACCAGAUAUAGUGAAUGCAGGGUC